AUGCCCAUCGUCCAGCGCUUCAUCCACUGCGACACCACCUGGGUCACCGAGUCCUUCACCAUCAACAGCCCCCACAUGCGCAAGAUCCUCCUCCAGGUCCUCUCCAACUACCAGGACCUCGAUCUCGAGCUCGAAAACUGGACGUUUCGCCCUCCGUACAUCCCCCUCGUUCAUCGAUGGCAGAGGCUCCAGGACUUUUGCAAGGAAACGACUGAUGAGACGCUGAGCAAGGCUGGACAGGAAAUGAUUGAUUUUCUGCUUCCGAUCGUUGGGCCUUCGGUCAACUCCCUUGAGCAAACUCGUCUCACGGGAAAAGUCAAGUUUGAUUCUCUCUGGCAGAUUUUCCCUCCUGGAGAACUCGUCAUGACCCAAAUGUACGGCCAGGACACCAUCUGCCGUGUACUCAAACAUCAAUUGCUUGGGAAAUCAUAUGCCUCCCGCGGCGUCUGGGUCAUCGACAUGGAAUACGUUGACUGGAACGGUGACCAGUGCGGCUACCUGACGAUGAAGACCAAGAUCUCUGGAUACGAGGGCUACGCUCGUGCUCAUCAGCUGCCGACUUGGCCUAUCGCGUAUGCUAAUGACCCAGAGGCCAUCAAGGCAAGGAUGAUUGCCCGCGGUCGUCAGUUUGAGGAGUUGAGGACCUAUCACUUUAUGCAGUAUGAAGGCCGCAAGAUUGUCCGCCGCCGUCGCCGCCGCGACUCAGACGCAAGCAACAGCACCUCCUCCUCCUCCGAAGACUCCGCCGACGCAGACGAACACAAACUCACCGUCAAGACCCGCGAGACCAAGCUCGAGCGCAAAGAAGACCUCACCCCCCUCACAGACGAACAAUGCAUCCUCACCACCCCCUGGAUCCACGGCUUCGACCUCAAAGCCAAAGAAUGGGCGCUCUUCCUCGUCGAAGAGAUGAAGGACAUUAUCUGGAACGACGAUGCCUUUUCAAACCUCGUCCUGCCCGGUGACGAGAAGGAGCUCGCAUGGUCGUUUAUCGAGAACAAGAACCUUGCGAAUUCCGACUUUGACGACUUUGUCACUGACAAAGGCCGCGGCAUCAUCAUCCUCAUGUUUGGCCCCCCCGGCGUCGGAAAGACGUUCACCGCCGAGGCCGUUGCGGAAAAGGGCCGCGUGCCCCUAUACGCAAUGAGCGCCGGCGCACUCGGCACAAAGCCGCAUGAAGUCGAGGAAGCACUCGACCGCGCCCUCGAGCUGUGCCGUCUGUGGAACGCAAUGCUCCUCCUCGACGAGGCGGAUGUCUUUCUGAGUGCUCGCAAGGAAGACACCCUUGCCCGCAACGAGCUGGUCUCCAUCUUCCUUACCAAGCUCGAGUACUACCAGGGGAUUCUCUUUCUAACUACGAAUCGCGCCGCGAGCCUCGACCAUGCGUUCCAGUCCCGCGUUGAUUUGUUCUUGCCGUACAGUGAUCUUACCACGGCUGCGAGACGGAAAGUCUGGCAGAAUUUCAUUAUGCGGGCCGGUGGAGAGGCGAGGUUUGGGGUUACGCAGGAGGACUACGAUCGGCUUGCGGAGUUGAAGCUGAAUGGGAGGGAGAUUAAGAACUUGAUCAAGAGCGCGAGGUUGUUGAAUAUGAAGAGUGGACGGCCGGUUACUACGGACAGACUGGUGCAGUUGGCGGAGAAGAGGAUUCUGGCUAUGGAGAUGUUGAAUGGGGGAGAGAAGGCUUGA